AGAGGCAGCUGUGAGCGACCCGGAGUUAUGUCCCGCGCGAGACGGGCAGCGGAUUAAAAAUGCAACACUUCAAAACGAGUUGAAUUCGGCAUGGGCUGGGCGACGCUCGCGCACCCGCCGAGCUGCCAGUGUUGUUAUGACGCCGGGACCGCGUGGUUCGCUCCGACACUCGAAUCGCUAACUGUUAUUAUAAAAUAGGAUACCUACCUGAAAAUAAACAUCUAUUACAUGUUUUGAAUUCAGUGCUCGUGAUCUAAGUGAUUGAAGGACCAACCUGUAUUGACAAUUUUCAUGGAUAAUAGCAGACUGUUAACAAGGGUGUGAAGGAUGGCGGGCGAAGCCCCGGGCGCUAUACACGGGUGGGGCUGCACGCCGACCGGCGACACAACGCCAGCCUUAGCCGGCGACAACCCCAAACCAGGAUGCUUGCCGGUUCUACUCAGAGGUUGGCGGAAAACUGCCCUCUUCUGCAUCUUAGCGCUCCUCAUGGUGCUGAUUUUCCUAAAUAUCGGACUGACUCUUUGGAUCAUUAGUAGUUUGAAAUUGAGAAUGGGUGGGUUUGGUCCCAUAAACAUCGUUAAGGGAGGCCUAGAACUGCAAGGACAGGCAUUCGUGAUGGACAACUUGGUGGCCUCGUCGAUCAGCUCGAGCGCCGGACAGCCCAUAACCGUGCACUCGCAUCGCAACUUCACCGUGGUAGUCACAGAGCCUGAGAGGAAGGAAACCGCCAAAUUGGUGCUCAAAAGGGAUAGCAUUGAAUGCAGCGGACGCAUGUUCGAGGUGCGCGACGCGCUUGGCGGCGAAGUUUUCCGCGCGUCCCACGACGAAGUGCGAGUGUUCAGUGACUCGCUGGCAGUGGACGGGCCCGGCGGGCUCGCUGUUAAAACGGCCGUGCAGACGCCGAGCGUCAGGGCGCCGCCUGGAUCUGACCUACAGUUGGAAUCUCUAACGCGACACCUGGAGCUGAUAGCCCCGCAAUCCAUACACCUGGAGAGUCGAGCGGGCGGCAUUGACGUCAUGGCUCACAGCAAUAUCAAACUGGAUUCCGUUGUUGGCGCCCUAAAAAUCGACACUCCAAGUAUUUACAUCUCAAACCUUAAAGAGGCUGUAAAGACAGAGUCCGCGCCCCCGACCAAACACCUGCGGCCGCAGAAAGUAUACCAGCUAUGCGCAUGCGCGUCGGGCAAGCUGUUCCUGGCGGCCGCUGACGCCUCCUGUGCCGCCAAUAACGCCGACACAGACUUUUGUAGAUGAUAAACAUAAUUGUAGAUGAAAAAAUAAUUAAUUGUCGAUAAAAAAUACAAUCUAGAGACGAAUACUAUCCGGAAAAAAUGUGGGUCAGCUCAGGUGCCGUAGCCGAAUAGCAUUUCUGCGACGCGAGACGCGAAACGAAAACGAAACGCUG